GAUUAUUCAACUAAACAAAAUGAUCAUGAUAUAAUAUCUUAUUUGUUAAUUAUUUAUAAUGAGGAAUAUGAAGAAUAAGUAUAAUUCUAUAUGGAAUCAUAUUUUAUGUUACAUAUUUGUUUAAUAUUCAUAUUGGAUUGUGUCUUGACAACUAAUCACUAAUAAAAUAUUGGGAUAGCAACAUAAAGGAAAUGAUAACUAAUUCAAAUUAUCUUAAAAUGGUCAGUGAACGUUCUACAAGCGAACAACGUGGACCAAGCGUUCUCGCCAAGCCUAUUAGGCCUACGCCAUUUUCUGGAUCUUAUCGAGCUGCCUCAGCCGAGAAUAAACGUGUUCAUGCACCGUGGGUAUUUAAUAAUAAUCCACAAGUUUUGGAUAAUUUAUCUAAAAAUCAUCGAAAUGCUCAAAGAUCAAGUAUUACAAGUUUAUCUUCUUCAUCGGCAUUAUCAAUAGAUGAACGAUUCAAUGGUGGUCUUAAUAUAAAAUCAUUUGAAAAAUUUGCACAUAUGGGUCAACCACAUGUGAUUGCUUUGUAUAAUUUUGAAACUGGAGUAGAUGGUGAUUUAGAAUUUGAAGUUGGUGACAUUAUUAUGCUUGAGGAUAUUGUUGAUGAAUCAUGGUAUAAAGGCAGAUCUAUAAGAACUGGCGCUGUUGGAAUAUUUCCUAUGAAUCAUGUUGAAGUACGUAUCCCAUUGACUUCCGGUUUAUUUACAAAUACUCAACCUAAAAUGCAGUUUGUAUAUUCUAAUCGAUCAAACAACUUCACAAAUACCACUCGGACACAUUCUCAUCCAUCUUUCAGAAAGAAACCUGUUCCAUUACCGAAAAUCAUUAAUCAAUCUGCGCCUAAUUAUAUUCAGCCUAAUUAUACAUUAUGCAGUCAAAAAUUAUCUACUUGUUAUCUACCUAAACGACCAUCUAAAAUUCGAGUUGCCAGUUUAAAAGCUAAACAUGAAGGAAGUUCAUCAAAUUCAACAGAUUCAUUGAAUUCACAAACCACAAGUUCUUUGUUAAAUUAUAAAAGCCCUACUAAUAAUCUAGCCAAUACAGAAUACAAAGUUUGCUCUACUUCACUGAGUACAAGUUUACCAGUCAAUAAUUUAUUGCCUAAUCGUGUUCAAGUUUCUACAAGUCCUUUCUCACAUUCGAUUGUCAAGUCACCAAAUACAUCACAAACCAAGUCACAACUUGCAUCAAAUCCAACGCCGCUACUGCCACCUCCACCACCACCAACAUCAACUGAUCAGCUACAGGAGCAACAACAAAUACCUAAAACUUGUAAUGCACCACCUGUGAUUAAUUCAUUGAAACCACGAAAUCAAACUGCGAUAUCACAAAUAGCUCAAAUGUUACAAGAAAAAGGUAUUGUUUCUUAUCGUAGUCGACAAAUGCCAUCUGGAGCAAAACAUUUGUAUCCAGGAUCACAUCCUUUGUUAAUUUCAUCAGCUCCUUCAUCAUCAGAACGUUUAAAAUCAUUUACACAAAUGAAUAAUAUUCAUGACAAUAACAAUAAUAAUACUAGAAAUUGUACUGAUAAUAAUAACCUUAAUGUUAAUACGAAAAUUCAAGAUGAGACAACCAAUAACACAAACAAUGAGAAAAGAAAAGAAGAGGAAGAAGGAGAACAAACUUUGGUUAAAACUACAAAGUAUCACUCACCUUUAUUGGUUGAAACAGUAUUGAGCAAACUGCUUCCAGAAUUGAACCGAUCUCCAAGUAGGUCUUCAGAUUUAAAUAAUUCGAAUAAAACAUCAAAUAAUAAACAUACAUUGAAUCCACGAAUGAAUAAUUCGAAGAGACUAGAUACUGACAAAAAUCAUUCAAUAGAAACUUCAUAUUCAACCGACAAUAAAAAUGAUACUGUAAUGAAUACUACUAAUAAUAAUAUCAGUAAUGGAUUGAAUUAUUUAAAACAUUUAAAUGAAUCAAAUAUGCAUAAUGGUAUUGAAACCGAUCAUGGAGAUCAAUCAACAGAUGUCAAGUCAAUAACAAUAGUGAAAAAUGCCAAAUUGUUUCGUAAUAAUAGCUCUGCUACAAGCAAAAAUAAUAUUGAUUAUAAUAGUCAUUUAAGAAGAGCGUACACUGUAAUAAAACCUCCAGAAAAGCUAAUCACAUCGAAAGCUUAUAUAAGUUUAUCUUCUUCUGGGAAAUCAUCAAACAAUAAUCAAGUUUCAAAAACAAUGACUGAAGAACCGACGACAAACAUAAGAUAUGAUCAACAAUCUCCAAGAUCUGAAUCAAAUUAUCAAUAUUCAUUAAUGGAUUCUACUGGAGAAAGUAAUCAUAGUAAAUUGAUUACAACAAAUGAUUGGUUAAUAGUUGAACAUGAACAAUUGGGCAAUGAAUCAACUGGUGAACUUCAUUUAACUGUAAAUUGUGUCAAUCUUUUAAUGUACAUGCUUUCUUCUAUUUUAUGCAAUUAAGGUUUAUUAUUGAAGAAUUAUCUUGACCAUUUCUAUUAAAAGUAGAUACAUCUUUGGUUUGGUCAACUUGCAUAUUGCAUUAAACAUUAUUAGAUUUUAUUUUAGUGAAAGUUAUAGUUUAAGAAGACAUUAAAUGUUUUUAGAAUACUCUAGCCUUUACUAGUUAAAGUGAUUUGUGUUAUUGCUUCUGAAAAGAAUAAACCAAGACAUUUACACACUUAUGUUUACUAGCUAAGUGACCUUAUGUUCACUUGGUAUUGUUUAUUUGAAUCUUUUCAUCGAUGCGUAGGGUUGCAUUUGAUCAAUCUUUUAUUGGCAUGUGUGCAUACUGUGUGUGUUGUAUCAAUAUUGCCUUAAGUCACAAACAUUAUAAGUAAAGAUGGAUGGUGGCUAACAGUGAAAUCCAGGACGCUCGUUUCGUCCUAUUCGGGACUCGUCAGCUGGAUGUACCUUUUGAUUGAGAUCAUGAACCGAUUGAUGUACCCUAUUUAUGAAUAAUCAUGUUCUCAUUGUUUUAAGAAUGUAAAAUUACUUGCACAAGUGCAUUUAGAAUUAUUGUUACUUGAAUUGUUAGUAAAAAAUGUGUAAUAAUGGCAUAACGAAGUACACACGUGUUUGAACAGUUAAAUUAGAUCAUGUAAUGAAAUAAUAUACCUAAUGGCCAUUGUAAUUCAAAUAUAUAUGUAUUAAAAAUGAAAUCUGGAAGGAGUUGGAAAAUUCGGAAUGGUUGAAACUAGUAUAGUAAUUUGUUAGAUCUUCUCAAGCCAAGAAAGUAGAAUAAAGAUGUUACAAUGUUACUUUUGAAUACUAAGACUGAGAUCCUUUUAUCGAUUAAUGUAUAAAAUAGACGAAGUAAAAGAGUGUAUUAACGUCUGACAAAGAACCUUCAUCUGAACAACUAACUAGCAGAUGUAAACAUAUGAGAAUCCUUUUCAAUUUCUUAGUAAUCUACCAAUAAUAACAUGAUUACAUUUCCUCUUCAUAGCUGAAGAUAUCAGGUUCGAUAUGAGAUCAAACGUACGUGUUGAAUAAAGGUGCAUACUCAAGCUUAUCGUUUGAUAUGGGUCAAAACAAGAUUAUUUGAUUUCUAAGUUAUAUAUUUUAAAGUCUCAUUACCAACCUCGUUUUAUGUCUAUCUUACCUUCACAUUGUUAUUAUGAAUCAGUUUUGAUUACACAAAAGGUUUCCAUCGUAUAAAAUGAUACACUAUUAUCUAUUACCCUCAUGUUUUUCUUUACAGGUUGGUGAUAUCCUUAAGUGUAUUGAUUCAAGUCCCCAAGUUUGUGACAGACGUAGUGAUUCUCAUCUUCAGUAUUCAAUAUCUUCAUCAUCAUCAAGUAGAAAAUGGAUAAAAUGUGAAAACUGGUUUGGUGUUAUCGGUUUAGUAAACAUUUCCAGUGUUCGAGUUAUUGAUAACUCAAAUGAACUGGCUUAUUAUUUGGAAGCUAGACCACGUGUCAAAGCUUUAUAUACAUUUGAUAAAGAAACUGAUGAAGAUUUAGCUUUGUCGCCUGGUGAAAUAGUGUAUUUAUUUGAAGCCAUUGAUGAAAACUGGUAUCGUGGUGAAUCGGCUACUACUGGCGAUCGUGGGAUGUUUCCGGCCACAUUUGUUGAAGUUAUCAAACCUCUGUAAAGAUUCAUAAGACUAACUAUGAUCUAAAUUCCAUGUAAUUAUACUUAAUCUAUUACCUUUAGAACAUACUUUACAAAUAAACAUGAUGUAAACACUACUAAAACCAUAUCAUUUAUAUUUGCUUAUGUAAUUUAAUUUGAUAUUCACUUCAAUACAGACUGAGAAUAAAUGG